AGAAUUGUAUUCAUCUGGCUUCCGCGAGCAAUUAAGUAUUAGAACACCAUGUCGACUGCAAUGACUUUUGGCCAAAAACAGUUUAUACCAACGCCACCAGAUAAGGGAAGUUUUCCUCUGGAUCACGAAGGAGCCUGCAAGAAAACUAUGGUGAAGUACAUGAAGUGCUUGUAUAACAAUAACAGCAACAAUACCCUGUGUCGUGACGAGGCGAAAGAGUAUCUUGCGUGCAGAAUGGACAACGGAUUGAUGGCAAAAGAAGACUGGUCGAAAUUGGGCUUUAAGGAGGAGACUGCACAAAUCAAAGAAAAAGCGUAAUAACUUCAAAGACUGGUUGUAAAGUAAGAUAUUUGCCAUGUUUAUAAUAUAUUAAUUAGUUUGUUAAAAAUC